GACGGGGAGGGGCUCUGAAGGCAGGCCGGGUCCUCCAGACUGGGGAGCAGGACGCUUGGGUUCUUUGUCCUGUUAGUCACUGACCUGCCUGCAUGACCUUGGACAAACCCACUGUCCCUUCUCCACAGUGAGAAGGAUGGUCACUGGAAGUUUGGGACUUUGGGUCUGAACAAAAGGCAGGUGCUUGGAAGAAAGGGGCUAGCGGAGACCGCAGGUGGUGUUUAUUCUUGGUGAGACCAAAGGAGAAUUGGAAGCCCUCUCCCUGGAGACUUCCCCUGCCCCUCAGGCUACACAGUGUCCCCGACUCAGUCAGAAUACUGUUUAUCCCUGAUAACUUACCUGCCUUGGUCCUUGCUCAUCUCUAAGAUAGCUGGAGAAUCUCCUGGGAAACUGGGAGUUCCAACAAAUUUAAAUAGUUCUCGAUUAAUAUGAAAAUCAUCAAUGAACACCUGGUGCUGGUCAGAGCAAAACGCUUUGCCAGAGAGAUCAUCCAGAGGGUGAGUGCAAAGGAUUGUUGUUAUAUGCCCCAGCUCGGGGCAUGGCUUCCUUGCCGGAACUUCGCUGUGGAAAACAGGGUGUCUCCUAAUAUCUAGACAAAACACAUGUAAACCUCGUGCCUCGUAUAAAGCAAACAGAGAAAAAGAUGGGGUCAUUAUAUAGGGAACUAUCAAAUGUGGAAACUCCCCCCUCCAAUGCAGGUCGGCACCUUCUAGCCCUAGAGGUGGCCACGGCAGAGGUGCCCAGCUCCAGUAGAAAUGGGGGCCACUAACCUCAUGAUGACUUAGAGAACCAUAUGGACAUAUUAACAUGAAUUAGAUUUUAGUUAUUACUGUGAACUCACACUAAUAUUAAUAUAAGCUUACACGUUAUUAUGAAUUUUGUUGUUGUUCAGUCUUUUUUCAGUCACGUCUCACUCUUCCUGACUCCAUUUGGGAGUUUCCUGGCAAAGAUUCUAGAUUGGUUUGUUGUUUCCUUCUCAGCUCCACUUUGCAGAUGAGGAAACUGAGGCAGACAGGAUUAAGGGACUUGCCUAGGAUCAUACAGCUAUUCCCCGAGGUCGUGCCUCUCAACAUUGGAGGGAUGUACUUCACCACACGCCUGUCGACACUGCGGCGCUACGAGGACACCAUGCUGGCAGCCAUGUUCAGCGGGCGCCACUACAUUCCCACCGACGCGGAGGGGCGGUACUUCAUCGACCGCGAUGGGACCCACUUUGGAGAUGUGCUUAACUUCCUUCGUUCUGGGGACCUGCCUCCACGGGACCGCGUACGGGCCGUGUACAAGGAGGCCCAGUAUUAUGCCAUCGGGCCCCUGCUGGAGCAGCUCGAGGAUGUGCAGCCGCUGAAGGGGGAAAAGGUGCGCCAAGCGUUCCUGGGGCUCAUGCCCUAUUAUAAAGAUCACUUGGAGCGGAUUGUGGAGAUCGCCCAGCUGCGGGCUGUCCAGCGCAAGGCACGUUUUGCCAAGCUGAAGGUCUGUGUCUUCAAGGAGGAGAUGCCCAUCACCCCCUACGAGUGUCCCCUCUUUAACUCCUUGCGCUUCGAGCGCAGCGAAAGUGACAGCCCCUUCUUCGAACACCACUGUGAAGUGGACGUGUCCUUCGGGCCGUGGGAGGCCGUGGCCGAUGUCUACGACCUGCUGCACUGCCUGGUCACGGACCUCUCUGCCCAGGGCCUCACAGUGGAUCACCAGUGCAUCGGGGUCUGCGACAAGCACCUGGUUAACCACUAUUACUGCAAGAGGCCCAUCUAUGAGUUCAAGAUCACAUGGUGACACUGAGCCAAGCUAUUGAGGAGGAUGUCAGUGUGAGUAGAGCGCAGAUUACUAACACCAGUGCUGGCAGUAACCCACAUUGGCCUCUGUCCCCCUGUCCCCUCCUGGUCCCGCCACAGAGCAUCGCAGUGUGCUUAAUUAGAAUCCACAUGGGUGAGACCCAGAAUGACUGGUUUUCGAAAGUCCCUGCAGCCCUGCUUGGGGGCUAACCUGGAUGCUGGGUGAGGACAGUGCCCCCCAUCUUUCUGGAAGGUCACUCUCUGUUACUCUGUCGUGCCGUGCUUUCAAUGACUGUGUUUCAUUAUGUGUCCUUCUGGGGAGAGGAGGGCUACCAGGAAGGGUCUUCCCUGGUUCUGUUUAGGGAAUUUUUUCUAGAGCUAGCAACAGACCCUUGGAUCAGGUCUUCCCUCUGUCUAGGACCUGAAGCGGAGUUGGAAGACAAGUAAAAAAUUCUGUAGUUCUAUAGCCAUUACACCAAAGGGGAGGAGGGGAAAAACCAGCCUCGGGUUCUGCCCUUGGGCUGAGGGAAUAACACCCCUUCUCUGGGGAAAUUCUUCUUGCCUCCAGGGAGUUCCUCUGUGGGGCCUUUUCUGUCCCCCAGCUCCUCUGUGAUUUGUCAUUGAGGUCUAAGCCAGGAGGGCACAAGUUCCCAAGAGAGCCUUAGAAUUCCCCCCCCUCGUCACUACUAACAAUGGAGUUUAUUUGAAUUCUUGCAACUUCUUGGGACCCACUGCCCCCUACCUUUAAACAUACAGCCGGAAGUGUUCUCUUCAGGGACGGGCCAGGAGAAAAGACUCAGUGGACUGAGAUGGGGCUCAUAGAUUUUGAGCUGGAACAGGCUUGAGACCAAUCGUCUAGUCCCCUCCUUUUGCAAGUGAGAAAACCGAGGCUCCGAGAGUGAACUUGUCCAAGUCAUAACAGACUGAAGGUGGGAUUUGAACACAGCUCUCUGUCUUCAAUUGCUCUUUCUACUGUAUCAUAGGUUACUGGAGAAAGGAGUUCUCAAAGGUCAGGAUGCAGGCAGAGGAAAGUGAAAGACCAGAGUAGGAGUUUCCCCCAAGGUUGGUUUCCCAUGGGUCUCUGGCUGGCAGGUGAAGAAGGCAAGACCCAGGUCUGGGCUGUUGGCUGGAUCCCUCCCCAGCUGAGCUGGCUGGUGUCAGCUGGCCCAGAAGGAGAAGAGUGGUCAUCUCCUUGCCCACACCGUUCAUGCAGAUGCUCCCUCUGGGUUGGCUCAUUGGCCCACCAUGCUGCUGGCAGCCAGUCCUGCCCUCCUGCCGGGCCUACAGCCCGAUGGGGGCUUUCUGGGGAUGCUCAGGUUGGGUCAGACGAUUGCCCUCCGGGUGGUUUGUAGCUCUGCCUGAGCCCCUGGCAGCGCUGGUCCUGGUGGCGGUGGUGCUGUAGAAAGGGUCAAGGUCACUGGGCAGGAGCAUUCUGCAUGCGGCCUUGGGCUCAGUACUCAGGGGUGACCCCAUUUUGAAAGAGUUAAAAAUAUCUUCCCACAUUGUAAGCUCUCUGCUCUCAGAAAGGACCACACACACACACACACACACACACACACACACACACACACACAUUCACACUUU